AUGAACGACCUCCGCCAUCCUCCGAACAAAGUUCCCGAAUCUCUCUACAUCGUCCACGAUCCCUCCAAUGACCAGGUCCCAGGAGGAAAGUCUUCUAAAUUGCAGGAAUCCCUUACUCCUUGGGAGAUAGGUCUUCGCCCUUACGAUAUCCUGAGUCUCAGCUGCAAGACUGCGAGCAGUUUCCUCCCUCUUCACUAUGGUGCCGCGAACGGACCUCGAAGAAAUCCUCCUAGUAUUUAUGUCACUGCGACGGAUGACAUCGAGGCUGCGAAGAAUGAAGUCAUUACAAGCGAGGGUGAGUUAGUGAUGUACAAUCUCAACGGCCGAUGCGAGGAAAUGAGAAAGUGUGCUAUUUUCAAAGCGUCAGAUUGGCUACGCGCUCUGAAUUUGUGGGACGGAGACAAUAAUGAAGAAGACGAUGAGAAGUUCGCUAGACAGAAAAGAGUGGGCUCGGAGUGGUUGAUUUGGCCAAGUGUACCAAAAGAGGCUGUCACUAAAAUGUCGACAAGAGAUGAUAUCCUCGACGAUGAUGAAGAAGAGGAAGAUCGUGCGGUUCAGAAACGUGCGCCUAGCCAAAAACAUCAAAACGCUGAUGCAAGUUCGAGCAGAAAUCAAAAUGCAGCUGCCAACAAGGGCAAAGCAAAACCUCCAUCGACUCUGCGUAGUCACAAGGGACUCAUGCGCAAAGAUAUAAAAGCAGACGGCACACCUCUGUUCAUGGUUUCGUUCUCCAAAAAUAACGAAUUUUCAUUUUCGACCAUUUACAUUAUUGAGGAACAAGAAACUGGCCCACAGUGUCUUAUUCAUUGGGGCCCCGGAAUAGAACCUAGCUGGGUUAAUAUACAAAUUGUUGAUGCCAGAGCUGUGAAGGACUACUGGCAACGCAACAUCAAGGGCCGAAGAAAUGAAAAGCCAAAGAAGGAAUACAACAUUCUAUUCGAAGAUCAGCAAAACAAGGAGACUAAGUUGGAUAGCAAGUUCUUGGUCAAGUGGGCCGAUUCUGAGACCUUGACUUGGGAAACUUAUGAAAGUAGUCCUGGUGUCACAAGACAUGCCGUCAAUGAGUUUCGAGCGAGGAGGGAUACAUGGCUGAGAUAUCAGUACAAGUGA